AUGACUGAGCAAGUCUUAGAUAAAGAGACUUGGCCGUUGGAAGCAGAGGCUGCAUUGAACGACGUGCGGAAACACGUGAAAGAAGCGAUCGUCGCACCGGAGAUGAAAAGCACCAACCAGAAAAUCUAUCUCAAAAUAACCACAUACGAAGACGAAGUAUAUACGGUAGAGAUGUCGGCAUCCGGAUUCAGUGUUGUGUCCAGUUCAAGCGAUAAUAGAAACGUGGCGUCAGAUAGGAAAUAUGAAACACUUUACGCCCUUCUAGACAAUAUUAGUCACAGAUACAGGGAGUCGUUUGGCGAAGAAUUAAGUUCGAAACUAAGGGAUUUGGAAAGACAAUGUCAAGGUUAA